AUGACCGGCGAACAACAGCACGCCUCGUCUACCACAACUCCCGCAUCUGAAGGACAUAUCGCCAACCUCACCGCCCUAAAUGUUCCUGUGUCGUCCAGCGUCAAACGGCAAAGUUGGAGGCGCAAUAGUGAGGGAGCCCUACUGCUUCCCCCACCGCAUCCAGCAGCCACGCUGUGGCAACGAAACCAACAUACAAUGAAAGGCAAGCACAAGAGUGGAUGA